UGCUCAGAGCAGUACCGACACCUGUUCAACCUCACACAAGACCGCCUCAGUCACCGUUUCAACGCCAGUCAAGUGGCUUGCAUCGUGUUCAGUAGCUGUACAACCCUGGGUCUCCCGCUUCGUGCCCCACGCGAUGUAAUGAGAACAGACUGGUCAGAUCGUAAGCGAAUACAUCGUACGGUUCCCACGACGAAAUUGACGCCACGGCUCAUUAGGACUGUUACUCUUAGACAGCUGAGCAUGGUAUCGAGCCAUGGGAGAAAAUCUGACGUAGGUAUGCAGCAAAGACACUCUCAUCUGCUUGGAACUAGCGUGCUUGCAUCCCACUUCAAGCUUCCAGAAGAGCAUAUUAAUAGCUCAAGGACCACUUUUCCCUGUCAAACCAUAUACCGGAGAAUCAAGAUGAAAAAACGCCGAAGAUGCUACGGCAACCUGCAUUUCCCGCUGCCGGGUGAAUCCAUCGCUUCAUUUCCAUAUAUAUUGAUUUGAACCUACUGGUACCUAUGUGAUAGUCACAAGUGUAAGCUAGUGCUACUUCACGAUAUCAUCCGGUGUCAAGAUUAUAGGUAUUCCCUAGGUGUUAUCAUCGCUUACUUCUGCAACUAUCCGUGUGGGCUCGGAUGUAUCUAUCUUUCCAAUCAUCUCUUCUCGUCGAAAAGCUUCAAGAUGAACAACCGUGGAAUUAGGACUUUCAAUCCCAAUCACAGAACCGGCGGCCAUUGGAUACUCUUGCUUCUCUUCUCCACUGUUUUCGACUGUCUACUCGUCGCCAGCUCUCCAAAAUCUUCCAGUGAAUGGCGGCAUUCCACGCGUAGCUCACCGAGUCUUGAUGCCCGACAGUACAAGGGACUCUUCUCUGUGCUUGGUAUUGCUGGACUAGAAGAGCAGGACGGCACAGCGCAUCCGCGACUGGAGAUUCGCGAAUUAGAAAAAGAGAAAACGCUUUGGAGUGUGUUUAUUUUGGGAUUGCAACGCUUUCAAAACGCGAGUCAAAGCGACACACUCUCUUAUUUCCAAAUAGCUGGCGAGUACAAAAAAGUGCUUGAAUUGGUACUAACGAGAUUAUCUGCAGGAAUCCACGGCCGACCAUGGGUAGCUUGGGACAAUGUCGAAGGUAAUCCAAAUAGCCUGCAACAUGGUUACUGUCAACAUAGUAGCGCUUUAUUUCCCUCGUGGCACCGGCCCUAUCUUGCCCUAUUUGAAGUAUUGCACCCUUCACUAAACCACUUACUAUGUUUAUUAACGAAUAAAAUUCAGGAAAUGCUGUAUCUCAAUGCUCGUCAAGUCAUCUCCGAAUUUCCCGCAGGCACGCUGAAAGAUGACUAUAUAGCCGCACUACAUGAGCUUCGCCUCCCGUAUUGGGACUGGGCAGCCAUACCUCCGGUCGGCGAAGGUUCCCUUCCACACUCCCUUCAACAGCCAACUCUAACCAUUGAUGUUCCUGGUGGACCUACGGAAAUCGCCAAUCCACUUUACUCGUUCACCUUUCACUCCAUUCCGGACUGGGAAGCUGAAGAUGACGAGCGAUGGAAGAUGUGGCAACGUACUUUGAGGCAUCCCACAACACUAGACUCAAACGCAGUCAGUCAAAAUGCCAAGAUUGCAGGUAUGCUAGACGGGAACCGCCCUAGCAUGCAAACAAGAGUUUUUGGACUGUUGGCGUUGCAGCAUGAUUACCUGCCAAUGAGUAACAAGCUACAACCAGGCGAUAGCUUGGAGAGUAUACACGGGACGAUCCAUGAUAUGGUGGGAGGCGAUGGACAUAUGCUUUGGUUGCAGUACUCGGCUUAUGACCCCAUUUUUUGGCUGCAUCACACAAACGUUGAUCGCUUGAUUGCAAUUUGGCAAGAAUUGAAUCGCGAGAGCUGGCUGGCCACUGACUCCACCAACGAAGAAGCCUCCUUCGCGAUUUCAUCCGGCACAGUAGUAAAUGGAAAAACACCUCUCAAACCAUUUCGCAAAUCCGACUCCAGAAACGACUUCUGGACCUCAGAAGACGUCCGCGACUGGCGCGUCUUCGGCUACACAUACAACGACGUGCAGAACCUCACCGACCAAGACACACUCAUCAGCCGCGUCAACACCCUCUACGGACCCGAAGCUACCCCACGCUCCUACAAACCAUCCACCGUCGACUACUUCAACCAAACAUACGGUCCUUCUCCCCCUCCACCAAGCGUCCCUGCACCUCCGCCAUACCUGACGUCGCCGGAUAUAAAAACCACUGCCGCCCACACUAAUCCACCGAAGCUGCGAAAACUGAUGAUGAGAAAGCAUAUGAAGAGGAGUAUAGAACUCACAAACGCCCUGUCAUUCACCCACCGCAGGCAAUACACAAUCCACGUCUCCCUCUAUGCCUCCUCCAUCAAAGGCUCCCUCAAAUUCUACUUCUUUCUCGCUGAUCCAGUUUCCACGAACGUCGACUCGUGGGUCGAGGAGGCUGGUUUUGUGGGGUUUUCGAGUAUUCUUGCUACGACUUCUUCGUCUACUGUUUCGGAUGACGAUGAUAGUGAUUCUGGGUAUGAUGGUAAGAGUAGUGGAGGAAAGAUGUAUGGAGAUAGGGAUAAGAAGAAAGCUAAUACGAUCGUGCCGCUUACGGCGGCUUUGGAGGGAAAGAUCCGGGAGGGCGAGCUGCAGGGGUUGGAGGAGGAUGAUGUCAGGGGGUUUUUGGGGAGGAGGUUGAGGUGGAGAGUUGUCAUUGUGAGUUUUUCCAUUUUCUCGCCGCUUCUCAAAUGGGAAGUCUGAUAUCAUUUCUCCAUUUUUGUU